AGAUGGGCUCUAGUUUUGUUUCUCUUGCUGUGAGCGUCAGUUAAUUAAAAAUAAAAAUAUGGAUCACAGCAGAGUGUGGUGCUGUCUGCUUAGCUUCAUCGCAAUGGCCGUGCUGUGUAGCGCAUCCAGUGCAGCAUGCAAUCUCCAGGUCCCCGAAUCCAUGAUAACGGACCUGCUGCAAGCGGAUCAACCCACCGGCGGUUGCUCAGCUGCUUGGGCUAGUCUACUGUCUCGGCUGGAGCAAAUGCGCCACAAUCUUACGGGCUGCAGCGAGCGCGAAAUGACGAACCCGGCACCAGCAGAUGAUACCCGCACCAGCACCACCUGCCAGCUGCUGCUGGACGAGCUACAACAGAAAGGGAAUCAAACCCUGCUCCAGCUCAACAAAGAAAUGGCCAGCAAAGCACUGUACGAGCGCAUCGAGCUGGCCAAGGUAGCACGGGACCAGGACCGCAUCCACCAAGCGAUCGAAACGAUGCGCACCGAGGAGCGAAACCACCGGCAACAGCUGCUACUCCUCUACCUCGAUGCGGCGGACUUACGACGAGCCCUGCGCCACUAUCAGCUGCUCGUCGCACAGGGCGAUCGCCACCUUCCCCAGCAGAUAGUGAAGUUCGUGUACGCCGCCCGCCGACACGAGAACCGCCGGCUCGAGAACCUGCUCGACCUGGUGCGGCAGCUGCCGGCGCGCCAGGACCAGCGCACCCUGUACCAGCUGCUGCAGCCGGAAAUUAUGAAGCGCCCAACGCAGAACCAGAGCACCCUCGCCAUGCUGACAGCGCUCGAGAUGGGCCAGGUCGUGGGGGAGAACGGCGAGCUGAAAAAGCAACAGGACGCCAUGUACCAGCUGGUGCUGAAGCGCUGGAUGUUCCUGCGCCUCGCCGGCCAGUAUCGCGAGAUAGUGCAGUUUGCCACGAAGCACCCGCACCUGUUCAAGCAGAUCGGGGUGAAGAUCGCCACGAUUCAUCCGAAGAACUGGUGGAAGUUUAGCUUCAGCCAGUUCGUGACGUACCCGAACCUGCUGCCGCUGCCCGAGCAGCGGCUGGAAGCGUUCCGCACCAUCAUGAAGCAGCUAAAGCAGCGCAACGGGAAGUUUUUCGCCGACCAUCUGGCGAAGCUGGCGCCCCAGAUUGAGCGCUGCGAGCAGUUUCUGCGGCAGCAGAAGAAGGAGCUGGAGUGGAAGGACGAGCUGGUGAAGCUGAAGGGACAGUUUGCCGACUUUGAUCGGCGCAAGGAUUACGCGUACUAUCUGAAAAACUCCAAGGCGCUCAUUAAGAAGUAUGCAGACGCUGCGAAGCAAAACAAAAACCGACAGGCCGGGCGCGGUGGAGGUCUUGCAGGGCGCCGCUAAUAAUGCUAAUAAUGUCCAGUCGAAUAAAUGCAAUUGUAUGCUGGAA